AUGACACACUCCGACAUGAUCAAGGGGGUGGAGUAUCGCACGGAGGACGUCGAGAAAGACAUCGCCUCAGUGUCGAGCGGGGGCGCAUUUCGUCUCUUCGUCUGCAUAACUCUUCCUGGUAUUGAUGGGGAGGUCGCGGAUUUCUUCGCUGCCCAGGGUCAUAGUGUGGGCGCACCGGUGGAGAUUGACGAGGCGACGGAUAGGCGAUUGCGUUGGAUGAUUCACAAGCGCGUUCUGGUGGUCAUGGUAGUCACGUACUUUGCCCAAACGCUUGACAAGGGUACCCUGAACUUUGCGUCUAUCAUGGGCAUCAUCGAGGACACCCAUUUGGUCGGUCAGCAGUACUCGUGGUUGACUACGUGUGUGUACCUGGCCAUCUUGAUCUGGGAAUUCCCGACGAACCGUCUCAUUCAACGCCUUCCUAUUGGAAAAUACCUCGCAUUCUGCAUUGCUUGCUGGGGCAUCGUCCUCGCGUGCACUGCCGCGUGCCACAACUUCACCGGGCUCGUGAUCGUACGCACUCUGCUCGGCGUCUUCGAGUGCGUCUGCCAGCCCGCCUUCGUCUUCCUUUCCACAAUGUGGUACAAGCGCGAGGAGCAGGCGCUCGUCAUCGGCGCGUUCUACUCCAUGAACGGCCUCCAGCAGUGCGUUGGCGGUUUGAUUGCGUACGGCGUCGCGCACUUCGAGAGCCCCCACAUCAAAAACUGGCAGUUCCUCUUUACGGUGCUGGGAGUCCUGACGUUCCUGUGGGGCCUGUUCGUCGCGUACUGGCUGCCCGACUCGCCGAUGCGCGCAACGUGCUUCUCUCCCGAGGACAGAGUUCUGAUGGCAGAGCGCGUACGCGAAAAUGAGACCGGAAUCCAGAACAAGGAGUUCAAGUGGUACCAAGUGCGCGAGGCCAUGACCGACCCAACUGUCAUUGGCGUCACAGUCGUCUCGUUCACGAACGGCCUCCCGCCAGGCGGCCUCGGCGCGUUCUCGAACAUCAUUAUCACCGCGUUCGGCUACACGCGUCUGCAGACGUACUUGCUCGCGAUCGCGCAGGGGGCGAUCAUCAUGGCGUUCCUCUUCUCGGGUGCAUGGCUCUCGAAGCGCUACAACCAGAAGAUCCUGCUCGCGAUCAUCUAUUCGAUCCCCAGCGUCGUUGGCACCAUCGUCUUCCUCACGGUCCCCACUAGGCACGACACCAAAGUCGGGCUCCUGAUCUCCUUCUACUUGACGAUGGCCUUCUCCGCCGUCGCGGUACUCAACCUCGCGGUGAUGUCAAACAACGUCGCGGGGCGCACAAAGCAGGUCGUCGCCUCCACCCUCGUCUUCAUCGCCUGGGCGGUCGGGAACGCGAUCGGGCCCCAGGUGUUCCGCGCGGACGACGGCCCGCGGUACGUGAAGGCGUUCGUCGCCCACAUCGUCGUCUACGCCGUCCAGAUCGCGGUCCUCUUCUUCCUCCGCGUGCACCUCAUGCGCAUGAACGCGCUCAAGCGGCGCGCCGCGCGUCCCCAGGGCGAGCACGUCGCGCACAGUCACGCCUUUGACGACCUCACGGACCGCGAGAACCCCGAUUUCCGGUACACGUACUAG